GGCUGUGGAAGUGUCUGCGUGAACAAUGGCGAACGCAAAGAACAUGAGCUAUCAUGGGAAUGGAACAAAUCUUUACGAAUGUUAUGCAGCCGCUGUUAUAGCCGUUGUUGCUUGGAAUAUCUUGUUUAUCGGACUAAUCGCUAAUUUUGUCUUAUUUUAUCUUGUCUUGAAGAAGUUGGCGUCUGGCAGACGAAGUGACAAACUGCAUUUGUUGAAUAUAAUAGUUGCGAAUCUUUUUUCUUUGUUCGGCAGCUUGCUUGGAGAAAUACUGGCGAGAGGGAAUAUUAUUCCAUCCGCUCAAACAUACUGUCUCUUUUAUCAUCAGGUCAAUUUUAUUUCCCUUUUCAACAAUCUCACGUCAAUGGCUGCUUUAUGUUACAUUCUGUAUGAAAAUAUCGUCAAAUUUCCCGCAAAUCGACUGUUCAGUUUCUCAUUGUCCCUAAAGGUCACUGCAGCCAGUUGGAUUCUAUCACUGGUACUUGUACCUGCUUGUAUAUCAGGGUUUUUUGUCGCGGAGAAAGAAGGCGUUGGCCGCAUUUGUAAGACGAAUAUAGACCAAACCCCUACUUUUGAAGAAAGUGCAUCUUUCUUUUCUUUGAUAGUGCUAGUCACUAUUUGGAUUUCAGUGUGUGCUACAAUCAGCAGAAUAUCGCUCACUGGAGUUGCUUCUAAACUGAAACAGCAUCGCAAACAAACACAAGAACUACGUAUACAUAACAACUCAAUAGUAAAGGUAGUGAGCUUUAAUAAACAAGCAUACGUAAUGGUUUUCUCUUAUUCUAUAUGUUGGAUUCCAUUUGGUAUUGCAGCGGCAUUGACAGCGGCUAAUGUAAUUUUAUUCCAUUCUUGUGUUUAUUUUGCUUGUCUCGUCGGAGCACACGCCAGCGCUGCAUCCACGCCGCUAAUAUACUUGACUAUUGACAAACGAUUUAGAGUCAAGUGCUGUAGUAAUCAAAAGGCAAGGCCACGUCAAAUCAGUGUGAACUAA